AGCACCCCGAAUCGAAUGCCAAUGCGAAGGAGCCUGUCAAGCUUAAAAGUGUUCUCGUUUCUCAACUGCCCCAGUCAACCGUUCAGGACGAUGUAAAGAAGCUUUUCAAAGAUGACUCGAUACCGGGUGCUCUAACCAAGGAUAAGAAGCGGAUUCACGGAGCGGAGGUGACGGUGAACCCUGCUGAGAAAACCACUCUUUGGGUGACAAACUUUCGUGAUGGCAUGGAUGAUGCCGAGAUGCGGGGUAUGUUCGAAAAGUAUGUCCUGAAUGGCUGCUCUCGUCUAGAUAUUAAUGCAGAAUGUUACCAGGCAGCUGCUCAGGCAGCCCUAUACCUCAACGGGUUCGAAAUGGAGGCGGGAAUGAAGUUGACGGUCCUGGUCUCAGAUCCCACGCGAAAGAAACAGCGGACGGAUGCUGGUGCACGAGAGCUGAGAGUGACUGGGAUCGUCAAGAGCGUCACUAAAGCGGAUUUGGAGAAAUUAUUCGGUGAAGUUAGUUCUCCUUUCAUAUCGCCUCGAUUUAUAUUUAAACCUGGUCCACAGCAUGGCGAGCUGAAGGAUAUUCGUCUGCUACCUGCUGCUGGUAACAAUCAGACUGCCUUUGUCGAAUAUGAAACAGAGGAGGCGGCACAGGGUGCUUUAGCGCUUAACAACCACAUGCUCAAAGGCCGUCGAUUGGCAGUAAUCAUGGCUGACUCCCGUCCAAGCCGACCUGGGGAAGAGGCUAAUAGCCGCUCGAUACGAAUCAAAGGUGUCCCUUCCGGUACCCAAGAACCUAUUCUACAGCAAGCUUUAGAAAAGGUGACUUCUGUAGUUCGAUUGAAUUUGAUACCUGAACGGAAUGAAGCUAUCCUCGAAGUCGAAAAUGCGGCAGUCGCAGGAAAACUUUUACUGGAACACCCAACAAUCACAUUCAAUGACCAGACCUUGACUCUAAGUGAGGAAGUCCGGUCCUCUGCUGCCACAACCCGAGGUCGUGGAAGGGGGAGAGGAACCUUCGGUUUAUCUCACGCGCGUCAAGUAGAACGUCAAGCGGAAUCAGUCACUUCACCGCCAUCCUCGCCUGAAGUAGUUAUGGGUACUCCUCGUGGGCAUCGAGGUGGAAGAGCACGAGGUGGGGGUAAGGUAGGAAUAGGAGGGUCUCGAGCUGGAAUAGGGAUGAAGUCCAGGAAGAUGGACACUGAUGCUGGUUAUGAAGAUGCAGAGAUGAAUGAUCGCGAACCAGCUUCUGCGUCAGGUCCUGGUGCGCCUGCUGCAGCUGUCACCGAUCGUACUCCCAAAAGUCAGGCGGAUUUCCGCCAAAUGUUGGGUUUCUAG